AUGUUUCUUUUAAUUUAUUCUAUCUCAUGUAUUAUAGGCUCUGCAAAUGGCUUUUCCGCAGUUUCACACACUCCUUCCAUCUCGAGCGCCACGCCCACAGUUGACGUGAACAAGUAUAAAAAUGUGUCGCCCGCCAUUGAUAGGCUCUCUAAGCUCGACGACGGCCGCGACAGAUCCGGCUGCUACGCCAUCGCACUCAUUUCCGGCAAUCCCAGGUGGAUUGAGAAGGGCAGGUACUACGACGUCUACCGCAUCCAUCAGCAGGUCGGCAAGAAGAUUUUCCUGAACCGCAUCGAGUUCUUCCACUCGCAGGCCGGCUGGUUCGUCAACGGCGAGCCUUACCUGCACAACGUCAGGGCCGUUGCCACCGUGUUGAAGCAUUUCAGGAGCCCCAAGAUGCGGACCGUCAAGUUCAGGUCGAAGAAGCAUUACAAGCGCACCAUUGGGAAGCGCCAGGAGAUGACGCGCAUCCUCAUCGACGGCUUUGAGGUGUUCAGGUCCGACGUCAGCUUCCUCACUCACGACCCUGUCAACUUCCCCCUCCUGAAGAUGCAGUUCGUCAGGUUUCCCAGCCUCGAGCUCAGGAGGAUGAAGCACAACACUGUUCGCGGCAUGACCAGGGAGGAGCGGGGCAUCAUCGGCGACUCUCCUCUGGAUCACUUCGAUCCCGUUUACAACAAGCUCGUCAUUAGGGAGCAGAUUAACAACUCAAUAUAG